GAAUGUGAAGUUUAGGAUGAAUCUGAUUUCUAAAGUCCACCAGAAAAUGUCUGCAUGAAAAAAACUGAAGUUCCACCGAUUCAGAACUGAAAAAACUCAUCAACAGAUAAGAAAAUACUUUUACUUCCGUGUCCGGGUUUUAAAAGGAAACCCGUGGGUGUCGUCAUGACCCGCCACCUGGCUGGCCAAUCAGGUGGCAGCGCGUGACAUCCGCGUUGCCAGCGUGGCCCUGACGUCACUAUGGUUGAGGAAGUGAAGCGUUCGGUGAGUUUUGUGGUUUCGGAACCUGCCUGGAUGACUGAUAACACUCCGAGAGUCCGAACCCGAGGGGCAAGACACUUGUGCGCAUGUCCGCGGUGAAAGCAGAUGAAUCAUUCAUCGUCAAUACAAUAGAAAACUGCAACACAAUUGGAGCGACUAAAGACUGGGAGGUACAAGGAACUGAAAAGACAUCCGUGUGCAGACGUGAGCAAACGACUUCUCCAUGUCGUCUGACGGCGCUCUGGCAGAGGUGGAAAAAAGUCUGAGUGACGCCAUGAAGACGCUGAGAGACGGACAGAGAGAGCCGGGGGGAGCAGCGGAUCGGUGUCCUCUCUGGAGAAACGGCAUCCCAGGACCUCUGCAGGGAGAUGGACUGGAUGUCAGCAGCCUCCUUCAGGUGGUCCAACACCUCCUCCACGAGGAAGAGGAGGAGGAGGAGGAGGAGGAGGAGCCCAGGCCAGCGAGGCGGCUGGGGGUGGGGGUCCAGGACCAGGUGACGCUGCUGGGCCACAGCCUGGCGGCGUACUUCUCGGUGCUGCAGCGGGAGCGACUCCGGAAGCUGAGCACUCGCGUCCUGUCGGACAGCACGCUGUGGCUGUGCAGGCUCUUCAGGUAUGAAAACGGUUCCGCCUACUUCCACGAGGACGACAGGGACGGAAUAGUGAAGGUGUGCCGCCUGGUCCUUCAUGCCCAGUACAAAGAAUAUGGCGCUGAAGGAUACGGCGCCCUGAGCGCCCACCAGCCUGUCAUCUAUCAGAGCGCCGCCGGCAGGCCGGAACUGGGACAACACUUGUGCAGUCAGCUCGGCCUGCCGCUCUCCAGUCUGUGCACGGUUCCCUGUAACACCGUCUUUGGAUCACAGCACCAAAUGGAUGUGGCCUUGCUGGAAAAACUCCUGAAAGAAGACACAGAUGCAGGAAAGCGUCCUCUGCUGCUGAUUGCCAACGCAGGAACGUAUUCAGCCGGACACACGGACAAACUGAGCCGACUGAAAGACGUGUGCGAUCAGAGCGGCCUGUGGCUUCAUGUGGAGGGGGUCAACCUGGCCACUCUGGCUCUGGAGGAGGUCGCCUCUACCGUCACGGCCGCCAGCAGAAGCGACAGCCUGACUCUGACCCCGGGUCCGUGGCUCGGCCUCCCGGCGGUUCCAGCCGUCACCCUCUACAGACAUGAAGACCCGGCGAUGGCUCUGGCGGCAGGGCUGACCUCCAGCCGGCUGGUGGAGAAGCUGCGAGCGCUGCCCCUCUGGCUGUCACUGCAGCACCUGGGACACAACGGGAUCACCCAGAAGAUCCGCCACGCCGCCGCUCUGAGUCAGCAGCUGCUGCAGAGGCUGAAGUCUCUGGACUCCAUUAAGACCCUGGUGGAAGAUGAACUGGAUUCUCCAGUGGUUCUCUUCAAGUUCUGCCUAGAAACCAGUUCUGGGGAAGAAUGCAGACAGGAUUCAGUGGAUCUCCACCAGAAGAACCUGCUGGAUUCCUUCAACCGAUGGCUCGGACAGCAGGCGGCUCGGCGGGUUCCCGGCAGCGGCGUGGAUGUGGUGGAGCUGGACGGCGAGGGGGUCUGCAUCCGCUUCAGCCCCCUCCUGACUGCUGCAGAACUCGGCACACAGGGGGAGGAUGUGGAGCGUUUGGUGGCGACACUGCAGGAGCUGGUACCCGCCAUGACCUCCACCGUGACCUACAGAGCAGCCUUCUGGGAAGAGACGCGGCGCCUGGCGUCUUCGCUCACAUACGUGGAGGAGAUGAACUGGGCCGGGCUGGGAGUUGUGCGGUAUGAACCACAGUCUGAUGAGGCAGACGGCAGCAGGCGGCAGCAGCAGCUGGAGAAGAUCAACAAGGAACUGCUGAAGAAGCUCCAGGAGCUGGACAGUGACAUCGUCUUCUCCUCAGCUCCAGAGUUUGUAGCGGAGAAGAACGGCGUCUUCGUCGGCAUGGUGACGGAGGAUGUGGCGGUGGCAGAGCUGGUGCAGACCAUAGCUGCCCUGGGACGGGAGGUGGAGGAGAGUGGGCGGCUGCUGGAGAACAUGACGGAGGUGGUGAAGAAGGGCAUCCUGGAGGCGGAGCUGGAGCUGCAGCGGGCCAGCGAGGAGAAGCUUCUGGAGGAGGGGAUGCUGAGGCAGAUCCCUGUGGUGGGCUCGGUCCUGAACUGGUUGUCCCCUGUUCAGAGCUCGGUGAAGGGGAGGACCUUUGACCUGGCAGCAGGUUCCCUGGAUUCCACGGAGACCAUGUACUCCACCAAAGCCCAGGGGGGCGGAGCUUCCCUGCAGGACCCCCCCAGCCUGCUCCCACAGAGGCUGCCAGGUCAGAGACUGUUCCGGCGCUCUGGGGCGGACUCCCCGAUGAAGACCGGGGGGAGGACGCACGACCAGGAGAGCAGCGGCCACAGCGCCAGCGGGGAGGCGCCACAUACGCCCGACCACACCCAUCCAAUGAGCAUCCCCGACAGUUCAGAGGAGGGGGGGGCUGGGGAGGAGCUGGAGGAAAGGCAGUCGGGGGGGGUCCAGGUGGAGCAGGGCGACCGAUAGGACUGUGCCCCCCAGCAGGUGCGCCCUUUCAGCCAUCAGAAAGGGCUUCUGUCCAGACGACUCUAGAGGCUCAGUAGAGUCAAUUCUACUCUUUUCUAUCCAACUGUCUUCCUCUCUGCUGGCUGCAGACCAGCAGAGCUCCGCCCUCUGAGAGGAAGACCAGGAAACGGCUUCACAUGCCAAGUCAG